UACAGCGUCACUCACCGGCUUGAAGGCAUGCUGCAGACCCACAUAACCUGCAGACGCUAAGUUGCUUGGCACACAGGAUGCUGCCCUGAAGAUUAGUAAAGUACUUCUGAUCCAACCAUGACCAGGUGGGCUAGAGUUACUACUUCAAAUAAUAGGAGACCCUUGUCAGCGACAUCAUGGGAGGACAUGAAGAAGGGGUCUGCGGAGAAAGCAAACCAAAACCUUCCAGAUCAUAAGCCAUGUCAAAGCAGUGGGCUGUCCCUUAGAAACGAUGCCCCCCAAGCAAAACGCAGAAAGAACAAAAAGAAAAAAGAAUACUUGAACGAAGAUGUGAAUGGAUUCAUGGAGUACCUGAAACAGAGCUCACAAGUGCUUCACCAUGGACAGCUGACAGCAGCCGACAGCCGGGAAGUGAGGGAAGAAAUUGCCGUGGCCUUGAAGAAGGACAGUCGACGGGAAGGAAGGAGGCUAAAGAGACAGGCGGCAAAGAAGAAUGCAAUGGUGUGUUUCCACUGUCGACAGCCUGGCCAUGGGGUUGCUGACUGCCCAGCUGUUCUAGAGAGUCAGGACAUGGGCACCGGCAUUUGCUACCGCUGCGGGUCCACGGAGCACGAGAUGACGAAGUGCAGAGCUAACGUGGACCCCGCGCUUGGUGAAUUUCCUUUUGCAAAAUGUUUUGUCUGUGGAGAAAUGGGACACCUGUCCAGAUCCUGUCCUGAUAAUACAAAAGGAGUCUACGCUGACGGUGGUGGCUGUAAACUCUGUGGCUCCGUGGAACAUUUUAAGAAAGAUUGCCCUGAAAAUCAGAACUCAGAUCGGAUCAUCACAGUUGGUCGCUGGGCAAAGGGAAUGAGUGCAGACCACGAAGAUGUACUGGACGUGCCCAAGCCGCAGAAACCUAAAACCAAAGUACCCAAAGUUGUUAAUUUUUGAUAAGAAUUGGUACAGUUGUUAAGUACCACCUCAAGGUUAUUCUCCAAAGUAGACCAUUAGAAAUGAAAACUGGGCACCUGUGGAGGCAAACCUGCAUUAUAGACACCACUCUGACCUUGAUCGGGGCAGGUUGUUUACAAUCUUAUCUGUCAAGGAGUACAGGGUGAUUAGGAGUGUGUGUGUGUGUGUGUGUGUGUGUGUAUUGUCUUUCUGUCUGUCUGUGCCUGUGUGUCUGUCUAUAUUUGAAACAGAUUCUGUGUAGCCCAGGUUGGCUUCAAACUAAUAACCCUGCUUUAGCGUCCAGAGUACUGAGAUUACAGGCAAGGUGACUAAGAACAUAUUUUCACAGAUGUAACUCAGAAAUAACUAAGUGCCUCUAUACCUGAUUGUAGCAGUCAUCGAUAUACAUGUAAAUUAUAAAUCAAAAUUGACCCCUAAGCAAAGCACAUGCCUUUCAGCUUGUGAAUAAAUAAAUAAAUAAAUAUUUUGUUAUAUGCUCUUAAUUCAGAGUAUCAAUUUAUUGUAAUAGAAAUUUAUUUAUAUGUUGUCACAAACUCUGCAAUUUUUAAUACUGAAUAAAAUUAUAUGAGCUGUUUGUC